UAAAAAUAUUAGAUAACUAUUAAAAAUUUUUUUAAUUAAAAAAAUAUAUUAUGGUUAGAGUAGCAGUCAUUGGCGUGGGAACACUUGGUGUCAAAAUUGCCGGUUCACUGGCUUAUGGGGGUCACGAAGUUAGAGUUCAGGACCAAAAUACAAUUACAUUGAAUAAAGUAUCGGUUAUUAUCAAUGAAGACAAACGAAUACUCAAAGAGGAUGGACUCAUAACUAAUACUAAUUUUUUGGGAGAGGUUUACUGUUUUUCUAAACUAGAAGAUGCCGUACGAGAGGCUGAGUUUAUCUUCGAGUGCGUUACCGAAGAUAUUGUGGCCAAACAAAACAUAUUUAAACACAUAUCCAUGUGUUGUAGCGAUAAUGCCAUUAUAGCUACCAGUUCUAUGCGAUUAUCUAUCGAUCAGAUCAUUGAAAAUGUCAAUUGCAAAGAUCGUUGUUUGGGGGUUCGCUUUUUAUAUCCCGUUUAUUUUGUACCCGAAGUGGAACUGUUACCCUCGAGAACCUAUACUUCUUUACAAACUUUAGAGAGAGUCCGACAAUUUCUGGAAAAGAUGGGCAGAAUUGCAUUCUUCAGAUCUGGAAACGAACCGAUCGUUUUGAAUGAUCAGCAAAGAGAGGCCCGAAAAGCUGCAUUUGUACGACAAAUCUAUGAGAAUAAAGGUGUUAACCAUAGGUUUGCACAAACCAUCCCAGACUUGGGUGCAAUUAAUUCAGUAAAACCUGAAAAUGAUGGCGAAAACAGUGUCGAUCAACAGUCACUUAUAGUUCGCGAAAAAGAGUGUGUCAUUUGUAUGGAUCAUCAAAGAGACUGUGUACUACAUCCUUGUCAUCACUUAUGUGUUUGCAUACAAUGCGGUCGACUAUUGCUCAAGAGGUCGGACAGUUGUCCUAUUUGUCGGCGAACUAUAAACAAUGCUUUUAGAGUAUAUCACUCAUAA